GCCCUCUCAGAGCGGAGGGGUUCAGUACAGCACUGGUAACAAUACCUCUGAUUAUUGAAUCAGCGCUUUGGUUUUAAAAAGCUCCCUAUGACUGAUGAUAUAUAUUAGAGAUUUUGCCAUAAUAGGUGAAAAACAUUUUAGUUCUUCUUAAAAUAUGCUGCUUAAUAAUAGGGGUGGUAGAAGGCAGCUUGGUGCAGAGAAGCUGGGUUGCUUGUGUCCUGGGAGAUGGCUGAAUCCAUCAGCAAACUCGUAAUGUUCACUCUUUUUGGAUGUAAAGGUGGUUCCCUCUUUUUGCGUGGUCUGAAAACUGGUGGACAGCCCUCCGUGCCCCUUUCUGCAGCCUUGCUCCCAUUCUGACUUGUGCUGUGCUGUCCCUGCUUGCAGCUGAAGGAGCACCUGGAGAAGGUGUUGUGCAUGGAGGGGCUUUCCCUGCACCCUGUGCACAGUGUGGUGCAGUGUGAGCAGAUUGUGGAGGCAGUCUGGAGGAACACUGUGAUGAACAAGGACUCUUCCUGCUCCGUCUUUACAAUCUGUAUGGAAAUCUGCACCGUAGGUAGGUGCUGGAUGUGCUGCGUCCACAGGAGUGGUGGAAUCCAGCCAGUCAGCUCCCAGCAGAAAUUGGAGCCUACAUGACUUCGGUCCACAGAAAUCAGCGUGGUGCCCUGACGCUGGCAUGCUUUGCAGAGUGAGAUGGCUGAAUAUUCAAAGUCUUUUCUCCUCAGUUCCCCUUGGAGCUGAAAUGUCUUGCAGUCAAUCUGGAAACAUAUUUUGUUCUCCUUCUUUAAUCUUCUAAAGCCUUUAUUUCUAGCGAAGGCUGCUGGAACUGACAGCCCAUACAGUGCCUUGGAGCUCAGACAGUGCAAAGCCUGGAGAAACUUACAUCCUUCUCUCCUUUGUCUGACCUCUCUUAGAAUUCACCCAAGGAUUCCUUCAUUUAGCUUAACUAUGGGGCACAUCUUUUAGGCAAACAGCUAAUCUGGGUUUAAAGAUGGAAUAAAAGAGUCCCUUAAUGAUGUUUUAGUGACUAAUUUUCCUUUACCAAGUAUCUCAUUUCAGCUGGCAUUUCUUUAGCUGAUAAAGCAGCCUACUGCAUCUGAACAAGGACCUUGAAAGCUUGGGAAAGCUCAGGGACUAAGAAAGGAAUUAAUCUCCUGUAUCCUUCAUCCUUGAUCCCAGCUGGGGCCCUGAACAGCUUGGUUGUGUUCUCUUCAGGUGUUUCAGCCAUGGGGAAAGUUGUAUAAUGUCUUCUUAAACUGUAGUUCCAGAUGCUGAUGAGAGUAUCUCAUUUUCAUCUGCCCAAAGUGGUGUAUGUUGGACUUACAGAAUGUCUCAAUUAGCACAGCCGGUGGAUGCUAAUCCUCGCAUUAUAUGCGUAUGUCAAACCCCAACUUCAAGGCUAACGAGGAAAAUGAAGUGUUUACACUCCUGUUUUGUGUUGGGUGCAGGGCUAUUAAAUUAAUUGGUAUUUAUGUUGUCAUCUUUAGGCUUCUCAAAGAUGACGGGUAAGUUCCAACUUAUUUUCCAGUUCCAUAUGCAGGAUGUUAUAAUUUGCAGGCACUUAAUAUUUUAAAGGAGCUCCUCACAACUACAUGAACUUUGUUUCCAAGUAGAAGUUCAGAAAGAGGAUGAUGGUGAGCACGGGGCUCUGACUGUGGAUGUAUGAAGCACUCAAGGUACCAUCUGAUGCUUAGGGUGUUUAGAGUAGCAGCUAUUUUAUCCCUUUAUGUUGUGCUUAGGGAUUGAUUUGCUCAGCAGAAAGACGUUUUAGAUCGGGCCAGUGCUUCUGCCACCAGGAGCAGCUGAUGGGCUGUGUGGGGACGAGACAGGCAAUACGUGCAAGUGUUUUAAGGAGAGUCUGGGGACCUCAUUACAAGAUGGAAACAAACCACAAAGCUCCGCAAUGGAAGCAAACAGCCUCCUUGGGUAGAAGGACCAACAGCAACCAAAGCAACUUCUUAAUUGUCUACAUAAGUGAGGACAGGGAAGGAAAGAGUUAGAAAACCUACGUUUUGUGACAGCCCACUCACCCCAGGAAUCAGAAAAGAUGGUGAGAGAGUGCUCUGUUUAAACUCUGUUUUUCUUUUUGUUGUUGUUGUUGUUUGUUUUUUCCUCAGUUCUUCCAUGUCCAAACAUGCCAGAAAGUGUGGUGUGAAACAGUGCUCUGCUGCAAAUGGCAAGCUCUGCAGUUAAUGAUCCUCUGCUGUAACUAAUUCUGCCUGGGAGAGAGCGGACUUGGUUCAAACUGUGAUGUUCUCUGGUGGAAAUCGGUGCUCGGAGCGCUGAAGAAGCAAUUCCCUUGAACUUGGGAUGCCAUCACAAGGAAUGAUUGGGGCACUGAGAUCUGAGUGCUGUGGAUAAUAUGCUGUGAUUUGAUGCAAGCUUGGUAUGAAGUUGAGUAUGUUGAGGAGCUAGUGAAAUUGAAGGGUUCCUAAAGUGUCUGCCUUAGUAACAAGAGACUUGUGUCAUCAUAUUAAGUGCCUGUUCUGGUUCUUGACCACUGAGAUGCUGCUUCCUGAGAAGAGCCUAACUUGGAAUGAUUUUCUUGCCAGAUGGGAGAGGGCAGGACCACCUCAGGGCUGCAAAACUUAAUGUAGUGGACCUGGCAGGAAGCAGGAGACAGUCAGAAACUGGAACUACAGGAGAGCAGAGCAAAGAGGCCACCAAAAUCAACCUUUCCCUCUCUGCUCUCAGUCCUGGUUGAUGGCAGGUGCAAACACAUCCCCUACUGUGACUGAAAGCUGACCAAGCUGCUGCAAGGCUCCCUGGGAUGGAAUACCAAGGCCCUGAUGAUAACAGGUUUAUCUCCAGCUGACAUCAGCUAUGAUGAAAGCCUCAGUACCGUGUGCUAUGUAAAUUGAGGGAAAAACAUCAAGAACAAGUCCUGUAUCAGUGAGGACCCCAAGGAUGUUCUGCUGAGGGAUAUCAAGAGGAGAUUAAGAAGCUGAAGGGCAUUCUAGCUGAACAGAUGAAUGUGAAUAACUUGUCAAGUAGGAAAACCUCAGCAGCCCCAGAGCUGUUUUAUCUUUGACCAAAAAAAGUGGUUUUGCAAGUAAAGUGCUCACCAGAUCUCACCUCACCCAUUGCAGGAAGAGGUCUCCAGUCUGGGCUUCCACCUGCUGAGGCCACUCACUUGGAAGGGAAGCCAGCUCCCCUCCCCCAGCCCCAGUAAGAUGUUGAAGCAGACAAGCAGCUGAUCAGAGAACUGCUGUGAAUUCUGAGACUAAUCCUGUUGAGACACUUUUGCCUGAAGACUCUCCUCCUGCAGCAGAUGAAGAACUGACAUCAUUCAAGGUUGCCUUCAUUCCACUGCUCCCUGCCUGGCUGAAGAAACCCAAAUGGGCAGUGUCACACAUCGUCUCUCCCAGGACUCACCCUGCAUCUUUUCAGAGCUGCAGCCUUUCGUCUCUUCUUGUCCUCAGGACUCAGCAGUGCCUCAAGCUGUGCGAGGUCAUGGCAAUAGGAAUGCUGGAGCAGAGGAGGCUGUCAUAGCAGAUGGGACUUCAGCACCUGUGGACCAGCAGCAGCUGCUUGCAGGAAUUCAGUGCAUGUAGACAGAUUCUCAGGUGCACUUGUUAUUCUGAUCACCUUUGUCAUCAUGUUUCUGACAUGUAUACUCAUAUGGAGUUCAUAUAUAGCAAACUGUUAUGAAAUGUGGAAUUUGCCAUGAUUACUCAGGACAGCAAAUCUCCCGAGGAGUUGCUAUUUCUGCAUGGUGUUGUCUCAAGCAUCGUUCAGGCUGCAGAUGCUAGAACAACAAGUGGUAGGGUGGGAAGAGGCUGAAAAUGAAGACCUCAAUGAGGACGAGGAGAAGCAUAAACGCCAGAAGUUUGCAGAUGAGCAGAGGAUGCAGCUAGUGACUGUGCUGCAGAAAUCCGAUAAUGACAGCAGUGAUUUGGUUCUGCUUAACAUCUACGACUCCGUCCAGGAGGAGGUUUGAGCCAAGAGCAAACUUCUGGAGAAGAUGCAGAAGCUGUGAGCUGCUAAGACAGAAAUAAAAAAUCUGCAACAGUUUGAGCUGGAAAAGAUCGGUUAUCUCAGCACUAACCACAAUCUGGAGUGAGACGUGAUGCUCUUCCAGCAGCUGCUGGAUCAGGUGCAGUCCCUCAUCCAGCGGGACUGCAACUACAGCAAUCUGGAGAAGAUCAAGUGCGAGUCCGUCUGGGAUGAGGAGUCUGGCUGCUGGAAAAUUUCAGAGCCUGGCAUUCAGAAAAACCACCUGCCCGCAGGUAAGAGGAGUGUCGGGGUCACAGUGCCAUCCCCUGGCUUCUCCUGGGCUCACCAGCAGGUCAAUAAACAGCAAUUGAACCACACUCAGCUGUGUCAUCUUCUGUGUACAGUGGAGGCUUCUGCCUUUCCACCAAGUCUGAAUAACAAUUUAAUGAGGACAAAACUUGCUGGGUCUACACAAAAAUUUGGGCAAGUAGGAGAUACAAACGGAAGAGCUGGCACAGGAUUCCCUGCUAAGCUGUCCGUUCUCUGUGUGCCUUUGGCAGUGUUUAAACAAAUCAGGUGCCCUUUUAAAAGCUGUUCCUCCUAGGAUCUCAAAUCACUUUGAUGUUAAUGAAAAAGCCCGACAAAGGGGAUAUUGCAGGGCUUGUUUAAAAGCUUGAGAAAUCAAGGCAAGGCAGCAUCUAGGCUUGGGUGUGUUGACUUUCCUGAAGCCUCACACCAAGCUUUAAUUGACGGGAUUUGGGGUCCUUGUGUGAUUCUCAUCAUCUGGAGCUGCCCAAGAGACGCACUGCCCUCCUGUAAGACAAGACUCCCAAGAGCUCUUGUGACUGCUCUGUCUGAUCCACGUCCUCAGCCACUCACUGGAGAUGAAUCACUGCACGGCUCCCCGAGGCACCUCUGUCAGCCCAAUCGUUAGCACUGUGAUGGGGUUCGGGGCAUGUGUUAUUACUGCAGAGAGGACAGCCCUGUAAAGCUGUGCUUUUUUCUGUCAGCAGUUCCAGCACUGCCGCAGCAUCACCCUGCCAGAAAGAGCCCUUUUGGCUGUGUGUGAAGAAGCAGCUGUGAGCUGUGCCCGUCCUGCCAGGGCUCUGAGAAGUGCUGGGACAUGGCAGGGUCAGGACCGGGUGCUGUGUGCAGGGCGUGGGCUGCCCAGGUGUGUGCUCAGCUGGUGCCAGCCGGCAGCUUUAGCAGAGGAGCCCUGAAGACCUAUGUCAAGCAGGAGCUGCCCCUUUUAGACCUCCUGAAACCGCUCCUUUUAAGCGAUUCGCUUCCUUUCGGGUAGCAGAACGACUUUUAUUGCUGUAAGUUUACAUUACUCGCAGAUGCUGAAGAGGGCUUUACCCAAACCGGGCUGGGCCAUAUCCCUACCACCUGGACAUCGCUGUCGCGCUGUGCUCAGGAUACGAUGCUUUUCAUCGCAUUUUGCAGUAUUUCUAAGACUUAACGUGAGAUGCUCAGGUGCCUGAGAGCUACCGCUGGGUACGCUCCCCCCAGCAGACGUCGGACGCGCACCUCCAUACCAACCCUGCGCGGGGCGGCACCGCGUGGCGCCUUCGUUCCUUCCCGUUUCCAGUGGGGAGCUGGCCGCCGUUGAUUGGACGGCCGGGGCGCUGCGCUUGGAGCCUAUUGGCUG